GUCUAGUGUGCAGUGGUUUUGAUCGUGAUCGACUUCAUCAUUAUGAAGGUUUAAGGAAUUCUUUUGGAAAACGUCAGGAUACACGAUGAAGAGCUGGCUGGAGGCUAGCGGGAUGGAGGACUCUCUGUCCUGCAUGCUGGCCGAGCCGCGAGAGGCGCUGCUGCCCAUCACCGGCAGAGAGAACCUCGCGCCUAGGAAGAGAGACAGGACUCUAGAACCAUGUGCAAUGUCCGAAGAAGCUUACCUCUCGAGCGGCGCCGGCUCCCCCUGCGCAGGGCUGUCGCGCGAGGAGCGCCGGCGCAGGCGCAGGGCCACACUCAAGUACCGCACCGCGCACGCUACGCGCGAGCGCAUCCGCGUGGAAGCCUUCAACGGCGCGUUCGCCUCUCUCAGGCGGCUGCUGCCAACCCUACCGCCCGAUAAAAAACUUUCCAAAAUCGAAAUAUUACGGCUCGCUAUUUGUUAUAUUGCGUACUUGAACCAUGUUUUAGACGCAUAAUUAAGUAAGCAUGGAUGCUCUUGUAUUUUUUAAUUGAAAUAUUUUAAGGACAGUCAAUCUGCCGUGAGGCUGACUGUACUUAGAAAUUGAGAAUCGAAUCUAGUCAUACUAAUAAUUAUAUAAUUAUUGUGAUCUCAAUUUAAAGUGGAGUUACAAUACAAAUAGGUACACUUAGUCGAAAG